UUUUCUUUGCAUUCGGUAUAUGGGAAUUUUAUUUGGAGAAAAAGAAUGAGGCAAUAAUGAUAGAGAAGAAUAGAUAUGUAUAUAGAUAAAUAAUGAGAGAGUAAGAGCGACGACGAAAAGAGCUCGACGUUGAUGGACUUGCACGUGCGUGACUGAGUACGAUGACGUUUGAACGGCCUUCUCCCUUACUCCAUCUCUCCAUCUCUAUCGCUCUAACGCUUUGAGUAAGCUUCGCACGUGAUUAUUGUGGUCAAAGGGAGCAUUGACGUGACGCAACGAUCUCUCGGUUGGUUUCGAUCGAAUCAGGCGCACACGAUCGGCUAUUUCCUUUUGUCUCUUUGUCCUAACAAGGAUUGCUUAUCUCUCUCUGUGUAUCAAAUUCGCUUUUGCAUCCAUGAACUCGCUUCCGUGGUCCAGUGCUCGUCGAGCGAACUGAGUUACGACGACCACGCGGUUAUCGCUCUUCCAUUUUUUAUAAACCGCCUGCAUGGAGGCUCCAUACUUUUACCGCGUUAUCAACGAUAAAUUGUUUGGAUGGUAGUAGCGUGAGAGACAGGAAGGACAGUAAAGUUCACAUUUCUACGACUACUUGACGAAAAUAUAUAACGAACUUUGAUGCCAAAACAGAUACUUUGAAUCUCGUCUCAUCGCGUAUUUUUGUUAUAUCUUCGCAUAAAAACACGGCAUUAUGGAUUCGCAUAAUGGAGCCAACUUGUAGAGCGUUCUUGUUAUAUGCGUUACGCUCAUUGCCUCCGAAAGACAAUUUAUAUCAACGAGACCUUUUUUUUUAUUCUUUUAAUAGUUUUGUAUAGUAGUCAUUCAUAUGUUCGAAGAAACGUGAACAAUGAAAAAGACGAAAUAUAAACGUGCAGCCAGAGGUUAGGACCACUGACAAGAUCGUUCGCAUGGAUGUCUCUUAAUAAGAUCAAAACGUGAUCUGGUCUUUCUUGCGCGAGUCGUCUCAUCCGAAGAUGGUAUAGCGUACAGUAUACACUGCAUACGUACAACGUACUACGAGCGAGCGAAACAAAGGGAGCGCUCGAUGCAUAUGCACGAGGGAUUCUGCGUACCUAGUUUAUGGACCGAUGAUUUCAGAUGGGAAUAAACUGAUAUCGAGCUUUGCGUCUCGCGUAAAUUUGCGACCCUAACAUGACCCGAUUUCUAAAGUCUCGAGAAAUGUCUCAAUGCAAUUGUUCGUUAUAAUGAUCUAAAUCUAGGGGAACGAUCAAUCGAUCGCUGCCGUACCUAUAUGAUCUUUUCCUCUCCUUCUACGUUGUAUACGUUUAGUAUCGUAAUCUCUCUAGAGCCCCGCUUAAGUAGAAUCGAUUUUGGCGAAAUCGCUGAAGCAACGUUUUCGCGAAAAGUACGAAUGAUUUAUGUGCCUGUCUGAUUGCUACCUCGAAUUCGAUAUGGUGUUCGCAUCCAAGCCGACAAUCGCGAAGACUAAAUCUGGUUUGUAACGAUGAUCGACCUGGAAUCGUUCGAUAACUCGAUUACGUGUAAAUCGCGAGCUUGAAAAGUGAACGGUUAAAUGACUUGUGUGCCAUUAACUCCUUAAUGAUCGAAUAUUACGCAUUUUGCCGAUUAUGAUUUCCCAUCGAUUUCCUCGAUUCGAGCCAUCCCACAUUUCCGCUCGUUCGCAUUACGUCGUGCCGCUAGCCGAGUAAUCAUUAUUUCAAGUCGCUGAUGCGAUAUAAUCUAUAGUCGAAGGUAAGCACGAAUCAAAAUUCGACGAGAAUACAAUUUUACACCUGAGUCAAAAAAGCUAUGAAAGCCUGAAUAUACGUACCAUGUUCCAUUAUGAAACGAGUAAGUUUCAACGAAGCCAUCGAAGAUUAAAUCCUUCGUUAUAUACCGCGUGGCCUAGAUUUUCUUGGCUUUUACAGACUCGCAAUGGACAAUAUCGAUAACGAGAACGAAUUUUUCCAAAAAAAAAAAAGAAAUGAAAACUCAUCGAAACGAAACUUUCUCCGAGAGAGUUCGCGCGGAGUUCUGUAAACUUUGAAAACGGCAUCAAGUGCUUGUUCCCGAAGUUUAUUGCGGUUUCCUCUGAAAAAAAAAAAAAAAAAAAAAAAAAAAAGAAAAAAAUAUAUGAAAAUCGAGCUACGCUUUUAAUGGAAACUACAAGCUUUUUCGUCGUCGCGAUUCUUCGAGAUUUUCAUACAAAAUCUCGAAGGUUCUUAAUGGUCUCUCGUUUUUGUUAAAAAGAAAAAUCCGAAUCGAGUCGUCUAACCGAUUAGUGAAAGAUUUUAUGAACUAUAAAGAGUCAUCGUUACGUAUGAUAGGAGUUGUGAGGAAUUUUCGGUGACACGUUGUUCGCCACAUUACAGAAUCUUCGAAAGGGGUCGUUGGCACUGUGAAAGUUCGUGAAUGACGGUCGAUAAGGCGAACGUAUCGUGGAACUCCGAGAGGAAGAGGAAUUCGGAAAGGUGGAAUAACGUAUUACGAGGGGCAAGAGGUGGAGGACGAGGCGAAAUGCGAGCAAAACAUUGACGAGGAUCCUCAAUGUCGAGGCGCUCGACUCGUGCCGGUCAGUGAUGCCGCCAUUGAUGCAUCGAUGCUGACUUAUUCGACGUGUACGGUGCUCCAACGGAUUAUUCGACACGGAUGACAUUCGGACGUUCGCGUAGUAAUCGUGAUACUGUCGAUCAUUUCGUCUGAGAGAGAGAGAGAGAGAGAGAGAGAGAGAGAGAGAGAGAGAGAGAGAGAGAGAGAUAGAGAGAGAGAGAGAGAGAGAGAGAGAGAGAGAAAGAGAGGGAGAGAGAGAGAGAGAGAGAAAAAAAGGUGGUGGGUAGACUACUGCGAAGGGUGAAAAUUUAGCAGUGAUGCCGUGAUGGGCUGCAGCUCGAGAUCGUUCGUCUUGACCACGCUCUUCGUGGGUGGAUUACUUCUGGUCCUGCUCUUGAGCGAGAUAUCCGGUGCAACGCGCCUUAGACAACGUGCGGGCACCACGGAUUCUCCGAGAACCGGUUCCGGAAACGGAGCGAUCGUUUUGGCGCUUCGUGGUGGAAGACAAGAGAGUGGUCGAAGAGCACGAAGAACGACAACGUCGACAACGACGACGACGACAAGUACAACGAAGAGCACAACGACAUCGUCGUCGUCGACGUUGAUAUCCUUCGGCGAGGACGUCGCUCAGCCUGCAGCACUUUUAGCUCCCGAAGAAGAGACAUGGUCCGUUAGUUCCUCAACAACGAGCAAUCUUCCGUUUUCCUUUCCUUCGAGCGGUGUGUCCACGUCAUACGCGAGACCCGUCUCUACGAAACCGCAUUUAGAGCUUGUCGUAAAACCACAUAGCAAGGUUAUUUUGCCUUGCGAACUCGAAGGGAAUUAUUCUAGGCUCCUUUUAUCAGGAUCAAGAAGUUACAGAAUACAUGGGAAUCCGGCUGUAUGGUUGCACGAAGGAAAUCCGGUGGACAUGCUCACGAUAAACACGAGAACGGAAAUGAGCGGAACUGGUCACAGAUACAUCGGUGAUUCUACUACAGCAGCUUUGCAUAUAGAUAAUGUCAGAUUGGAGGAUGACGGUAUGUGGGAGUGCACCUUGGAACACGAUCAAGAAGAGUUCCUUUUGGGGAGACCAAUCAAGCUUGUUGUUCUCGAAGCACCUCGGGGGACGUACCUGCUAAUAGAUGGGCGCAGACUGGAUCCAGGAAACCAGUUUGUGCCUGUUAAGGAAGGCUCCGAGCUGACAUUGGAAUGCGCCGCCGAGGGUGGAAACCCACCACCGGUUUUGGCAUGGGGCAUGAUCCUAUCCCAAGCCACUUUGGACGGUCCCGAACAACCACCGGAUAACCUCACAGUCUUACCUUCGACGUCCGCCAGACACAGUGGAGCUCACCUUAAAGUCUUGAGGGGUCACCACAAUGCCACCAUCGUUUGCGUGGCCCGUCACGUUACCCUUACUGUGCCGAUGAACGCCAGUAUUUUGUUAGACGUUCAAUAUACUCCAUCGUUCGCGAUAACGCGUUUACCUGGAUUUGGAAUUCCCAUCGUCGAGGGAAUGUCUGUCAGCCUAAAAUGCGAGGUGGACAGCAAUCCUGUGAGCACUCCGAUAUGGCAGCGGGACAAUGGACUACUUCCCGUCGAGCAGAGCGAUGACGGAUGGUUGAACUUUACAAAAAUCACUCGUGCCGAGAGCGGCUGGUACAAAUGUUACACUCGGCACAUGCUCGGAAUUUUCACUAGUAUUGGUUAUUUUCUGAAUGUUCGCUAUAUGGAGACCGAGGCAGAGGCAUUGAACGGAGAAGCUACCGAUUCAAGGAGAAUGGAGGUGCAGAUUGGCGGGGCGGUGACUCUCGAGUGUGACGGCGGAUGCUGGGGUCACGGACCUGGAAUGGAUCCAGUAGGUGGACCAGGGCCUCUUGCUUUGAGCCGGGUCGUCUAUCAGGAAGCAGGAGAGUACAGAUGCGUUGCUCCUGAUCGAAAAAUGCAGGACACGUGGAGGGCUCAGUUACCUUACCAUAUUAAGGUCACCGGACGACCUAUGGUUUAUCCACCCAAUCAAACGGUGACAGCAAACGAGGGUGAACCCUUGGAUGUCAUCGUCGAGUUCUGUGCAGAGCCCAGUUAUACACGAGUUUUUUGGAUGUCCGAACAGCAAGUUUACAUACCCGGUGCUCCCUCUCGGGAAGGUAUACAAGCUCUUGACAUUGAGAACGGUGGUACCGAGACAUGCUACAGGGCGAUUUUACGCUUCGAAACGAUUCAGUGGUCCCAUGCUGGUGAAUGGUUGCUGCUGGUACGCUCGUCGAAAGGGAUCGCGGACGCUUCCGUUUUACUCAACGUGACGCGUGCUUCCGGAUACAGCCACGCCCACCUCCGUUCGAUGGCUCCAGCGACUCUCCUUCUCUGCCUGACCUUGGCCAUUAUACAACAGCAGCAUCCACGCUGAACCAUACCGUUCUACGGAUCUUUGGAAAAAGUUUCGAGGGGGAUGAAAGUGGUGAAAAGGGUAGUAGAGAGGGUAGGAUGGCGAGGGAGAAGGGGGAGGAAAGAAAAGAAAGAGUAUAAGAGUUCUACUGCCUCGAGAGGAAGCGAUACGAAGGAGAGGAAGAGAAAACGUUCAAACUUUCGACGUAAACUUUGUAAAUAAAUAUCGAAGUUCGUGCGAGAACCGAAUCGAUCGUAGAUCGAAGAACAUCGAUCUGUUCGCAAAGUCCUAAGAAAACGACGAUAAUAACGCAUUUUAUCCUGCCCUAAUCGACGAAUCCCUUGCGAAACAUUUUACGGACCACCAUCGUUUCUCCGAUAAGUAUGGAAGGUACCCCACGAGGAAAGCAUAGUUUUUCUUUCUUCAAGAGGUAUCAAUUAGUAUUUAAUAAAAGAGUCUGUAUAUAUAUAUAUAUAUAUAUAUAUAUAUAUAUAUAUAUAUAUAUAUAUGUAUGUAUGUAUGUACGUAUGUAUGUAUGUAUGUAUGUAUGUAUGUAUGUAUGUAUGUACGUAUGUACGUAUGUAUGUAUGUACGUACGCAGAAAGCGUGUGUAAUUCGUAUUACAUGCCUAUGUAAUAUAUAUAUAAUGAUAAUAAUAACAUUAACGAUAAUAUGGAUAAAAGAUAAUACACGAUACAUUAUUGAAUGAUAUGUGUUACAUAUUGAGUAACAAUACGUAUUACAUGGAUUCGCAUAUGUUAUUAUGGAAAAGUGAUAAACGUUAUCGGUAAAGUUCCGUGAACGUUUAUGAAGAAUUUGUUGAGAGAAUUGGAAAUUUUUUGUUUGUUCAUUUAUUUGUUUGUUUGUUUGUUUUUAGGGCAAGAUCGAGCGUAUAAAAACUAUAUGUAUAUAUUUGUAUAGAUCAGUUAUAAGGGAGCAUGCACAGCGUAUACUUAUUCUCAAAUGGAUACAGAUAAGGGUAAAGCGCGAGAUAAUAGGAUUCAGACGAGGCGACGACCAAUUACGUUCGUUUCGAGCUUUUUCCAAAGCGACGAACGUCGCGUACCGUCCGUCAAAUGCGGCCGAGCGACUCGUCGUAAAAAAGCCGGGUAAACUCGGCGAUGCGUAAACUCUCAUUUUCAUCGCUGAAUAUCCCCGUCGAGAUUAAACGUAAAAGAUUUAGCUAUGGAGAAACAAAAAAGAAUUAAGAACUAACGCGUUAUGUAUUACAGCGAAGAUAAAUAGGUAAAAGAUCGAAAUAAAACAAAAAAAAAUUGUUGUAUAUUAUUUUUAGGUAAUUACCUAGAAUAAGUUUAAGAAUCAAUAGAGUGUAUAUAGUGAUUGUAAAUGCAUAUAGGGUGCCGUACGAUGUGCCGUACGAACGAAUUAUACAGUGACGCUGUUAGAGAUAUAUUUAUUAUUCGUUGAUAUAUUUUUAUAAAGUUUUAUUUAGCCAUAAGUUAUCGUUCGCCUAUCCCUUCCCGAUACAUCGUGGCACGCGCCAUCGUUCGUUCGUUCGUUCGUUCGUUCGUUCGUUCGUUCGUUCGUUCGUACGUUCGUUCGUUUUUAUUCAUAGAGAAAGUAAUAGAAGCUAAAUUGGGAUGGAAGAGAGGAAAAGCGACGGCCAUUUUCGAUUUAGAAGUUUUCUCCGUAAGAGAAAAACGUUUAUCUACGCGUUAAAACGUAGUGUCACCCAGUCGACUCUCAUCCUCCGAAUGGACAAUUCUAAAUCGAAGUUAACGAUAGUUACCGUUACUGCAGAACCGUGUAACAUUGUCGUUACCAUUGUUUGAUCUCUUCUACUAGUAUAGUAGUAAAAGUUUGGCGUAACUCCCUCGCCGUUCGGUCCAUUCUUCGCUCUCUUCCUCUCUCUCUCAUUUUCUCUCAUUCUCUCUCAUUCUCUCUCUCUCUCUCUCUCUCUUUCUUUCUCUCUUUCAUUUUCCAAUUCUCUCUUCAAUCCUCUCUUUUCCUCUCAUUCGCUUUUUAAACCUUUCUCUCUCUCUCUCCCUCUCUCCUUUCUCUCGAAUUCGUUCGCUUCGUUACGCGAACUUUCCAUGAGUUCUGCGGUUCCUAAUUUUUAAAAGUGCAUAUAUAUAUAUAUAUGUGUGUAUAUAUAUAUAUGUGUAUAUAUAUAUAUGUGUGUGUGUACACAUAUAUAGUUCAGCAAGGGAUAUUUAAUUCCAUUCGCGAAACAGAAAAUUUGCGCGAUAGCCGGACACGGUGUCGGUGUAUACCUAUAGAUAAAAUGAAAUACCUGAUGUCUUUAAUUUUUUCCUUUCCUUUUUCCUUUUCUAAUUUUAAACGACGAAACACAAUUUCAUUAUUGCGUAAGGUGUUCUAAGUAAGCAACGUAAUGUAAUCGUUGUACUCAAUGACGCCUAAAAGUCCAAUAAAUGAUAUUUACAAUACACUUAUGCCAAACCUAUCUCUAUUUCUCUCUCUCUCUCUCUAUCUCUUUCUCUUUCUCUCUCUCUCUCUCUCUCUCUCUCUCUCUCUUUAUCUCUUUAUCUCUUUCUUUCUCUCUCUCUCUCUUCUUUUUUACUUUCUCUCUGUCUCUUCGUCUUUAUUUUUUCGUUUCUUCAACGGUAAGUUACUUUCUCAAAGUGGACGAAUGACAUUCUUUAACAAAUUCCCCGACUUUUAUUAGAAAUUUUCUUAUUAAAGUUUUAAUACUGUUCUUGAUAAAUGCCGAAUAAAUUUUAUAAACAAUA